GCCAGUGUCUAGUGAUAUACUGGCCCUUUGGCCAUGGGACAUGAUUUCGACGCGGAGUGCUAUCUUCCCCGAGUCAAUGCUCCGUGUUCCGCUUCCCCGGAAGCAGUGAUGGCCGCGGCCGCGUUCAACGCAGUGCGUCGAUGGUUUACCAACCCGGUUGCUGCCACCGCUGAGACUGCUGCUUCCGGUUACUGGGCCAACAGUGCAUUAGGCCCACCGCUGUCGGGAAGCAGCUCGACCAGAACCACUCCUGGAAGCGGUAGCGUACCUCGUAUCCCAUUACGUUCCCAACAUGCUCUCCCACCAAUCGCCUAUAUGCCGGCCCCACACCGUGGUCAUCACAGCAGUGGGUAUGUGCCCAAUAGCUCGAUCAGUCCUCUGGUUCGUGGUGGGAAGAAGCGUUCGCAUUCGCAAUCUUCGGCACACGAAUUGUUUGACAUCUCCAGUCUCACGCGUAGCUCUCAGGGAUCGUUGAACAUAAUUCAAGCAAUGCGUUCCUCCCGAAGCAUGGUUUCCAGUACUGGGGGCUCAUAUGGGCAUUUAUCCGCUGGUAAGAUGAACAGCGCACAUUAUACACUUGUAACUUUGCGUUCACUAUCAUCUCAAACCAUAUCUUCUACAGAUUGUUAUGAAAUACUAUCGAAUGUGGACGUUCCAUUAUUUGCACACUACUCUGACCUUGCCCUAAAAACCUGA